CUCUCCUCCAGCUGUCGUCCUAAAUUAGCUGAGCUCUGUGAAAGGAUAGCCGUUUCAACUGACCCCUUCUGCUCCUUGAAGCUCCAGCCGUCCGAGACACCCAAAUGCCGCCUGUCUUUCAUCAAACUGGUCACUCCUAAAGAAAAAUGGACUUGGAGUGAAAAGAAACCCCUUCAUGUGGACUCUAGGACAACUCUCAAGCUAGCCAGAUAGCUGGCCCUCGGACUCAAAUGGGUGGCCUAUGACGAUGUAACCGAUAGGGGGACUUGAGUUCUCGCUUUCCCAAGAAGCUGCAAGACGGUAAAACAAACCUUCCAUCGCUUGAGGGCUUCUCUAACGUCAUGCAGUCAUCUGAGGAAUUGUUUACCAGGAAGCUGAAAGCAUUGAAUGGGAGUAUGGGACAUCCAGCGACCAACACACAGGGCAAGCUGGAAGGGGGUGGGAAAACCAAUGGGACGCCCGCCAUGCCUAAAAUGGGGGUGCGAGCCAGGGUGACGGACUGGCCCCCGAAAAAGGAGGGUUGGGAAAGCCGAGGUGGGCCCAACUACGAAAGCGUCAUCGCGGCCUUUCAAAACGGGCAGCCGGACCAAAGCGGGGAGAUCACGGAUUUGGGGGAUUCGGAUUAUUCGGAUGCAAAAUAUUCCCUGAGUGACCUUCUAAGUCUAUCCCCUUUGAAGGGGCUUCAUCCCAUUCGCCAGCGGAGUAACAGUGACGUGACCAUCAGCGACAUUGAUGCGGAGGACAUAUUGGACCAGAACGCCGUCAACCCAAACACUGGCGCCUCGUUGCAUCGGGAAUACGGCAGCACUUCCUCUAUUGAUCGCCAGGGUCUCGGGAAUGAAGGGUUCUUUACCAUGUUGCGAGGGUACCGGAUCGACAGUUUGGACCAUCGCAGCGCCCCGCCCGUCGGUUUCCCAGAACUCCUUCGCUACGACACGACCCUCUCCCCGAGCUUGCAGACCGCCGCUCAAAUCGCCCGCGGUGAGAUCGUCCGAAUCUCAGGCUACGACUACGUGGACGGCUCGCUCCUCUACAGCCGAGAAAGAGAGAAGUCUUUCAUGCGUCGUCUCAAGUCGGAGUCAUCCGAGACGUCGCUUUUUAGGAAGUUGAGGACUAUUAAAAGCGAGAACGAUGGUUUGCGACUCUCCACCGAACAGGACGACCGCCGGCCGCUCAGUUUUCAGAAAUGCUUUGCUCACUAUGACGUCCAGAGCGUACUCUUCAACAUCAGCGAAGCGGUGGCGAACCGUAUCAGCCUCAACCAGAGGAAAAACACCACAACCGGAGCUUCUGCUGCCUCGCAGUACCAAAUCCCAGGAGGCGGACCGGUGGGUGCCAAUAAUACCGGACCUGCGUCCAUGUUCGAAUCGCCACUGGGAAGUCGGGAAGACCUCAAUCCCAAGGAGAACCUGGAUGCGGACGAGGGGGAUGGGAAAAGCAAUGGGUUGGUGCUCAAUUGCCCGCAUUUUCGCAAUGAGGUUGGUGGAGAGGGGGAGAGGAGGAUCUCUCUCUCCAGGGCCACUAACAGCACUUACAGUGCUGGAGGAGAAAACUGCUCUUUCGAGUCAUCCUUGAGCUCGCACUGCACCAACGCUGGUGUGUCUGUGCUGGAGGUGCCACGGGAAAGCCAGGCAAUCCACCGUGAAAAGGUCAAGCGGUACAUCAUCGAGCAUAUCGACCUGGGAGCGUAUUAUUACCACAAAUUCUUCUAUGGCAGAGAGCACCAGAACUACUUCGGGGUGGAUGAGAACUUGGGCCCGGUGGCCAUCAGCGUUCGGAGAGAAAAGCUGGACGAUGGGAAAGACAAAGAGGCAUCGCAGUUUAACUAUCGGGUCACCUUCAGGACCAGUCAGUUAACCACCUUACGCGGGGCGAUCCUGGAGGACGCUGUGCCGUCCACGGCGAGGCACGGGACGGCCCGCGGUCUCCCACUGAAGGAGGUGCUGGAGUACGUGGUGCCGGAGCUGAACAUCCAAUGCCUCCGACUGGCCCUCAACUCUCCCAAAGUCCCCGAGCAGCUCCUCAAGCUGGACGAGCAGGGGCUGAGUUUCCAGCACAAAGUGGGGGUCCUGUACUGUAGAGCGGGGCAGAGCACAGAGGAGGAGAUGUACAAUAACGAGAACGCCGGGCCGGCGCUGGACGAGUUCCUGGAUCUGCUCGGUCAGAGAGUCCGACUGAAGGGCUUCAGCAAGUAUAGAGCACAGCUGGACAACAAGACGGACUCCACCGGCACUCACUCGCUCUACACGACCUACAAGGACUAUGAGCUGAUGUUCCACGUGUCCACGCUUCUGCCCUACACACCCAACAACAGGCAGCAGUUGCUCAGAAAGAGGCACAUAGGAAAUGACAUCGUCACCAUCGUGUUUCAGGAGCCCGGUGCCUUGCCCUUCACACCCAAAAACAUCCGGUCCCAUUUCCAGCAUGUGUUCGUCAUUGUUAAAGUUCACAAUCCGUGCACUGAGAAUGUCUGCUACAGUGUUGCAGUUUCCAGAUCGAAAGACGUGCCUCCGUUCGGCCCUCCCAUUCCCAAAGCCGUGACCUUUCCCAAGUCCGCCGUCUUCAGGGACUUCCUGCUGGCUAAGGUGAUCAACGGGGAGAACGCGGCGCACAAAUCCGAGAAGUUUCGUGCCAUGGCGACCCGCACGCGGCAGGAGUAUCUCAAGGACCUCGCGGAGAACUUCGUGAGCACCACGACGGUGGACUCCGCGGUGAAGUUCAGCUUCAUCACGCUGGGCGCCAAGAAGAAGGAGCGCGUGAAGCCGCGGAAGGACGCGCAUCUGCACAGCGUGGGGGCCGUCACCUGGAGCGUGGUGGCGCGGGACUUCGGACAGUCUGCGGACGUGGAGUGCCUGCUGGGGAUCUCCAACGAGUUCAUCGUGCUGAUCGAGGAGGAGUCCAAGAAUGUGAUUUUUAACUGCUCCUGUCGGGAUGUCAUCGGUUGGUCUUCCGGCGUCAUGAGCAUCAAGAUCUUCUAUGAGCGCGGAGAGUGCGUGAUGUUUUCCGCACACGACAACUGUGGAGAGGACAUUAGAGAGAUCGUACAAAGACUUGAGAUCGUGACCCGCGGCUGCGAGACCACAGAGAUGACCCUGCGCAGGAACGGUCUGGGCCAGCUCGGCUUCCACGUGAACUUUGAGGGCAUCGUGGCGGACGUGGAGCCGUUCGGAUACGCGUGGAAAGCCGGUUUGCGGCAGGGCAGUCGGCUGGUGGAGAUCUGCAAGGUGGCGGUGGCGACGCUGACCCACGAGCAGAUGAUCGACCUGUUGAGGACCUCCAUCUCCGUCAAGGUCAUCAUCAUACAGCCCUAUAAGGACGGAGCUCCCAGAAGGGGAUGUUCAGAGCUCUACCGUAUUCCUAUGGUGGAGUAUAAGCUGGACAGUGAAGGAACGCCCUGCGAGUACAAGACGCCCUUCAAACGAAACACCACCUGGCACCGUGUGCCCACCAGCAGCCAGCCGGUCCCCCGCGGGUCCCCCACACAGGGCCCCGACCGCACGCCCUGCCAGCAGGUCCUCCAGAGCGCUAUCCCACGCAGCACCUCUUUCGACAGGAAGUUGCCAGAUGGACCCAGGACGGCUCAAGACAUGGAAAGCCCUCAGAUGUCCUGCAGUAAAGGAGAGGCGUCCCAACACUACCGCAGUUCGCCCAGUAACCAGUCGUCCUCCAGUGACCCCGGGCCCUGUGGGAGCGCUAGCUGGAACCAGCAGCCCGGAUACGACGGGUGUCAGUCUCCCGUUCUCCACGAGCGCUCCGCUGAAGCCCAGUGCAUGCUGGGAGACGGGGAGAGAGAGCCCACCCUUGAGAGAACACGCUCUGCAGAGGCGAAAUGGCACGUCCCUUCCACCAAGAUCCUCAACUCUUUGAAGGAAAGAGGGAAGGAUUCACCGAACAAGUUGACGCGGCAGGGCGGCGAUAAGACCUCCAGCCACUCCAGCAGUAACACUCUGUCCAGCAAUGCCUCCAGCAGUAACAGUGAUGAGAAGCACUUCGGCUCCGGGGACCUGAUGGAUCCAGAGAUGCUGGGUCUCACCUACAUUAAAGGAGCCUCCACUGACAGUGGCAUUGACACCGCACCCUGUAGCAUGACCCCAGGGGUGGCCAGUGCGUCUGUGGCCCGGGUCGUGCUCCAGGGCCGGGGCGCGUCUGAUCCGGGACACCCCUGGACGCCGGAGCUGACUGAAGAAGGUUCAGUGGAGGACGACCACGGGAGGUUGUAUCUUCCUCAGAGCUACGCCGCGGCUAUGGCCGCCGGACACACGCCCGCGGAUGGGAGUAUAGGAGACCUGAGCGAGAUCUCAUCUCAUUCCAGUGGCUCCCACCACUCCGGCAGCCCUUUACCCCACAGUUCCCAGUUCAGGCCCUCUCCAGAACAUCCCGGAGCCCAGGCCGUUCCCUACAGUAGCCAGGAGCCCGGGCCCAGCACUGACGCACACACACACAGCCGCCGUAGGAGGGCCGAUGACAAAAUGUUCCCGGACGAGCCCCCAAUUCAGCCCGAGUGUGGGGAGCUGUACGCCGGAGAGACACAGGAGAGAGAGCGGGACAAACCGAAGGACACGGGUCUGCAGCCCAACAUGUCGAAAGAAGAAUACAUGAAGAUGAUGCUUUGUGAAAGCCCCGGAGAGAGCGGACACGGGAAGGCAUCAGCGGCGGGAAGCCUGUCACCGAGGCGUUCCCUGUACCGGACCGUCUCGGACGAGAGUGUGUGCAGUAAUAGGAAGGGGUCGUCCUACGCCAGCUCGCGGAGCUCCAUGCUGGACCAGGCCAUGCCCAACGACAUCCUGUUCUCCAGCACUCCCCCGUACCACAGCACCCUGCCCCCCCGCAUCAGCCUCAACCAGCCCGCACCCAAGCUCAAGAAUGAGUUCUGGUUCUCUGACGGCUCGCUUGCAGACCGGGCAAAGUUCAGCGACCCGGGUCUCAUGCCUCUCCCAGACACGGCCACGGGCCUGGACUGGUCUCACCUCGUAGACGCGGCAAGGGCCUUUGAAGACCAGCGCGUGUCGUCGUUCUGCAGCAUGACGGACAUGCAGAGAGCCGAAGCGCUCCAGAUCUCGCGAGAACUCACCAGACGAGUGGCGGCCGCUGAAGGAGCUGCGCUGGAGGCCGGCGAUACGUCUCCGGCCACGCUGACGGGAAAAGUCAAUCAGUUGGAGGUGAUCUUGAGACAGCUGCAGUAUGACUUGAAAAAGGAGAAGGAGGACAAGGCGAUCCUGCAGGUGGAGGUGCAGAACCUGCGGCAGGACAACAUGCGUCUGCAGGAGGAGAGCCAGACCGCAGCCGCUCAGCUCCGGAGGUUCACCGAGUGGUUCUUCCACACCAUCGACAAGAAGCCUUGACGGAGACGCCGUCGGCCCGGAGUCCACAAGCACUGGAGAACUGCAGCCACCCACGCUAGCCAAGCCCAAUCCUACUGCAAUCCCAAUGAGAUGUAGAAUGUAAGGACGCCGGCUGGUGGCGCGGGGUUAGCGUGGAGAAUGUACUGAAGCACAUCCUGGAGGUGGACUAUGAAUGUAACGCAUCAUUUCCUUCAUUUCGGCCUCCGUUAUUGAAAGGUACACAAUCAAAACGUUGACGUUUCGACGGUACCUUUCGGCGCCCGCUCGUCGUGUCUCCUGAAUGAUUUCUGUCCGCUGAUCGAAACAUCCCUGAGGGGUUUCCUGAAGAAGUGUGUGUGUGCAUGAACUCGCUCGCUCUGUUCCUGAAACACACACACGCGCAGUGAACCGCAGUCACAUGCCAAACCCUGUCCAUCUCUGUACAGAACCUCCAAUCAAGUGUCUUGUAUUUAACACUGUUAUUUAAGCUUAUUUAACCUAAAUUAGUUUAUUUUAUUAAAGUGGAAACGGCAAGGCAGAGAGACCGUGUCCGAUUCAUAGAUUUAUUGAUGAUUUGUCUGGGUUUUUUUUCUCCCUCAUUCCAACAUUUGGAUGCUGCUAGAUAACACUUUGGUUUCUACGCUUUUACAAAUGUGUUUCUCUGUAAAUUGAGUUUGUGUAAGAUGGGACAUUGGUUGCUUUUUUUAAAUAAAUGUAGUAUGUAAAAUCAA